AUGUUCGCCCCAGUACGACAGCGAUGCGCGCGAAGCCUUGUAAAGGCACCAAUUCAAUCGCCCGAAUCGAUACCGGCAUUUUUGCUGCCCGCGUUCUCCAAAACACCGCAAAGGACAUUUACUAGCACGACACCAUGUCAAUCGAAGAUUGGAUCUGCACCGCUUUCAAUACCCCAGGGUGUCACAUUCAAGGUGAUUGCGCCUUCAGGAAGAGACAAGGGAUCACGCGUGCAAUCAAUGUCGACCGUACACGUCAAAGGACCACUCGGUGAACUCUCAAUGGACAUUCCUUCAUACGUGCAUAUCGAUCAAGAUGCGAACCCAAAUGGUCCCACUCUCACCAUUGAGGACACAACGGAUGCGAAGCAAAAAGCCAUGUGGGGCACCACGCGCGCAUACCUCCAAAACCACAUUCUCGGUGUCAGCGAAGGCCACAGCGCCAUUCUGCGCUUCGUCGGAGUCGGAUUCCGUGCUUCGGUUGAAGACAGCGCGACCACGGUCAAAUCGGAAUAUCCCGGCCAAAAGUUUAUCAAUUUGAAGGUUGGAUACUCGCACCCAGUCGAGCUCGGCAUACCCAAAGGCGUUACCGCAAGCACACCGCAACCCACACGUUUGCUAUUAGAGGGGCCGGAGAAAGAGGUCGUCAUGCAGUUUGCAGCAGAAAUUCGGAAUUGGAGGAGACCGGAGCCUUAUAAGGGCAAGGGUAUCUUUGUCAACGGAGAGACAAUCAAGCUCAAGAACAAGAGGGUCGGCGGCAAAUAAGCGGGCCAUGGAUUGUGUACUUUUGUGUACUAUAUGUAUUGCAGCUGCACUUACUGGGGGUUCUCAACACUGACGAGCCCGACGGCAGCUUGAAAUGAUUGAAGGAUACAGAUGAUCCGCGCUCGAUUGCGCACACUGAGGCCGCAACUUCACUAUUCUUCCUCUUUGUACCACCUGCUAUUUCCAGCUUGUGAUCAUGUGAUUCACUACGGGUUGGAGAUGCGCUGGUACACGUUAUGUGUUCAGGUUUCAACUAUCUGAAAAUUCCAAUAUCCCG